AUGAUAGAGUCAAUAAGACUAUUCACCUUUUCAACGCUGGUAAAUUGGCAUCUAUGUGUAUUCCCGUUAGGAAAAUAUGAUAAUUCGGACGUCAAAAAGAUUAUUUCUAUCAAUAUGAAGCUGCCACUAAGUGAGCAUGAACUCACUAGUCUCUUUAAUGAUUUUCAAAGUGCACAGAAAGAACGAAUAAAAAUCAAACAACAAGCAAACUUUGUUUUCGAGUCUCAAAGUUCAGGUGCACAAAGCGCCAAGCCAUUAGAAGAACUUGAAGAUGAACAUCAAAAGAUGUAUUUGAGUAAAAUAAAUUUGGCUGAAAAAUAUCAAUUCGCUCGUCAAUUAUUUCAUUUGGUGCAUAAUCAUGAUCGAAUGAGCCAAUCGGGACUUCCCGCAGACCCUUAUGUAGAAAAGAUAGAGAAGACUGUUAAAAGGAUUUCAAGUAUGGAGUUUAAAGAUAUCAGUAUAAAGGAGGAUGCCUGGCAAAAAAGCAUGCAAAAGUUGGACUGGGAUUUACUGGAUACGUCGACAUCAAUUCGUGGAAUGGCCGAUAUUUUUAUAAGAAGCGAGAAUGAUAAUCUUAUUACAAUGUGGUAUUGGGAACUUAAAAAUGGCUUGAUUGAUGCAUGUAAAUGUCGACCUCUUUGUAAAUUGUCGUCUGCAUCAGUCAAUUUAUUAUAUGAUAUCGUUGCAUAUGAUAUCACAUACACUUCUGGAAUAGCACAUGACAAAAAAAAUACAUCAAAAGUACUGAAGUUUAGCACAAGACAUCGAGGGCGUUGUUUGCUUGUUUCUAUAAUAAGAGAAGAUCCAAAAACAGGAUCAGGCACUGAACCGGAUUCUAAUUAUGACAUAAAAUUUGAUCAUCCCCUUGUUUUAUCAACUAUCAAAUUUCGUGAGAUGAUUCAAAUAAUUACUACUUCAGUUCUCAAUCCUGCCGUAUUUAGUAGUGGAAGUACUCGGAUCUCUUAUCUAAAAGCAGCGGUGGUAUUAAACAAGCCCGACGAAAUGAAAAUAACUCCCGAUCACAUAUAUGGUGGCAUUCCAGUAUUCAGACCAACCUGGGACCAAUUCAAAGAUUUCAGGGCGUUUGUAGCCGCGGUAAAACAUUAUGGCUAUGAUUCAGGUAUUAUAAAAAUAAUACCGCCGGAAGAAUGGAAAAAAACACUUCCAAAUGAUUAUUCUCGGCAAUUAAGCAAGAUUUCAAUCAAAACUCCAUGCCAACAAAUGGUUAUGCGUGAUACUACGGUCGGAUACUACGUCGUCCGAAAUAUAGAAAGUGAUAAGACCUACACCGUUAAAGAAUGGGCUGAAUUAUGCGAAACAUCAAAAUAUGCUACUCCACCUCCCAAGAUGAAAAGCUCUUCUUCCAAAUCGUCUCAACGAAAAAGUAAUAAUUAUGGAAAGGUCCCUACAAACCAUUCGCCUAAAAAACGUAGCACAUCCAGUCAAUCACCACCCGGGACACCACCACGUACGAAGAAACGUGCUCCAGAAAUUACUCAGACUCCUCCCGAGACACCACCAAAAGUUUGUACGCCAGGAUCAAGCAAGGUUAUUACUAUGAUCUCCGACUUGUCACUACCUGAGCAAGCUAGCAUGACCGACUCGUUUGUAGAUAAUGAUUUUUCAUUACAAGACUACACUGAUGGCAGUGAAAUUGAAGAGGAAGAAGUUGUGCUCACUUCUGGACAAGUGACUACCGAAUUCCUGCAGCAAAUGCCUGAAUUACAAGCUGCAAUGCCGUCUACAAUCACACAUACUGUAGGACCUUUAUCUGAACCUACCAUGAAACCUAUAAAAACAGAAGAAUCGAAUAUGGAUUUUGAAAAUUUUGAUUAUCGUUCGGUCAACAGGCGACCGUUUAAUGAUGAUGAAUAUAUUAAAGAACUUGCUGUUUAUUAUUGGAAGAAUGUGACAUAUACCCCACCCUAUUAUGGUGCGGAUAUGGCAGGUACUCUAUUUACUGAUACGACCAAGUCAUGGAAUGUAAAUUGCCUCGAUAACUUGUUGAAUACUAUCGACCCGAUUCCUGGUGUAAAUGAUGCAUACCUUUACUUUGGAAUGUGGAAAGCAUGUUUCCCAUGGCAUGUCGAGGAUAAAGAUUUAUAUUCUAUUAAUUAUAUCCACUUCGGUGCACCAAAGCAUUGGUAUGCUAUAUCUCCAAAACGAGCUGACAAAUUUGAACAGCAUAUGAGAGAGUUUCUUGUUUCGCCUUCUGCUCUCGACCGUGCUCCAAUUCUUUACAACCGCGUUGUUCAACGAGAGGGAGAAUUUAUCAUAACCUUCCCUCGAGGAUACCAUUCAGGAUUCAAUUUAGGAUUUAACUGUGCAGAAAGUGUUAACUUUGCCUUCGAAGACUGGAUUGAGAUCGGAAUUAGAGCAAAAUCAUGCGCAUGCCGCCCGGAUUCUGUCCGAAUUGAUGUCCGAGCUCUCUUUGUGGCCUCGGUUGCCGCACAUUCAAAAAAGACAAAGAUUAAAUUAUCUUCUGAUUCUGUUGGUUCUACAUCAACCAAAAUUGUACUUUCUCCGAAAAAGGGUAGAUUGAAAUCUCACCCGAAUAAAGCAGUUUACAUUCACCAGUGCUAUUUAUGUCCAAAUAAAUACAGUUAUGACGAAGAAACAUUGGAAGGAGGUGAAUUUGAGCUUAUAUCCAACGGCGAUGGCAGUCAAUAUGCUCAUGGUUUAUGUGCAAUGUUUGUUCCAGAAACAUGGAUUGCGAGUACAGAUGGCUCAAUGACUGAUUGUAAAAUUAUUGAAACAGAAUCUAUACCUGCAUACCGGUUUGAAACGGAAUGCCAGGUUUGUCAUAGCAAAGCAGGUGCAUGUGUUCAGUGUCAAGAGGCUGGUUGUACAAAGAGCUUUCAUGUGUCAUGUGGAGACAGUGAUGGGAAUCAAUUCAAAGGAAUUGACUUAGAAGGUCAAAUAUAUUAUGUGAUCUAUUGUAAAACGCAUCAAAAGGAUCAUGCUGCUAUUAUGGACAUUUUAGGUAUGGACGAUGAAGAGGAGGUUUCAGACUCUGAAGAAUUUAAUGCCAUGGAGUUGGAU